AUGCCUCACUUCUACAACAUGACGUUGUCGAAGACCUCGGCCGUCACAUGCGCGGUGUAUGGUAACUUCUCGGCACCGAAAGCUCAGGAGAUAGUCGUGGCCAGAGGCUCGACCUUGGAGUUGCUGCGUCCUGAUGAGCAGAACAGGCUGCAGACUGUGAUAUCCGUCAACUGCUUCGGCCUCAUACGUUCGCUGGAGACCUUCCGUCUGGUGGGGGCCAAUAGGGACUACCUCCUGGUUGGCUCUGAUUCGGGUCGAAUCGUCAUUUUGGAGUACAACACUACGAAGAACAUCUUCGAUAAGGUCCAUCAGGAGACCUAUGGCAAGACGUGA